AUGGCCCUCUCCGGCAAGCAUGUCGUGUUCGAUAUCGUCGGCACCUGCGUGACGUACGACGCCUUUUACGAGGCCGUCGACGCGCGCAUCGGCGACCGGCUGCGUGUUCACGGCAUCCGCCCGCGCCACUUUGCCUUUACGUGGAUGAUGGAGGCUGAGCGCGAGUACAGCUAUCUGGACCGCAGCGGCCGCUACGUGCCCUUCUGGACCGUCUUCCCGCCGCUCUUCUUCCGCGUCCUCUUCCAAUGCGGCAUCGAGGACCCGCGGACGCUCUGCACGGCCGACGACGCCGCCGUCUGUGCCGCAGCCUACCGCACGCUGCGCGCUCGUCCCGGUAUCCUCGAGUGUCAUGCUCGCCUGCGCGCUGCUGGCUUCACCGUCUGGGCCUUCACCUCGGGCGACGCCACCCGCGUCCAGGGCUACCUCGCCGCCAACGGCAUCGACAUCCCGGCCGCCCACUUUGUCACCUGCGACUCCCUGCAGGUCGGCAAGCCGACGCCGGAGGCGUACCGCCACGUGCUUAACCAGUUUGCUGGCGCUACCGAGACCUGGUUUGCAGCCGCACACAUGUGGGACACAAUGGCAGCACAAUGCAACGGAUUCAAAGGCGCUUGGUGCUCCGUCUACGAAAAAGAACCCGUCACAGAGGUCUUUGGCACCCCUCUCGUCAUGGCCGACUCGCUCGUCGAAAUGGCCGACAAGAUCAUCGCUGCAAGCACAUGA